AUGUCUGCAACCCGCAAGACACGCGUUUUGUCCAAGGAGGAUAUUGCAAAUGGCCUUCGCGCGCUCGACGCGGCGAUUGAGAGCUCCGAGCUCUUGAUGAGCGUCGCGCCACUUCGCUUCAUGACUGUGGGUGGCAUGCUGGCGGUUUCGCUGUUCGAGAAUCGCCCCACUACCAAGGACAUUGAUUUUCUCCUCGACCCAAACGUCGACGCUGUGCGCGAGUAUCGCACCGAGGUGCGCAGGGUCAUCAACGAGGUGGGCGAAAAGCACGGAUUUAAUGACGACUGGAUGAAUGAUGAGCUUAAAAUAUUCAUUCGUCAAUCAAACCGCCUCAACAUGUUCUUGCAGUCGGUCCAGCAGGGCAUGGUCGUCCACGAGGGCCGGAAUCUCGUGGUGUACGCCGGCCGCCUCGACUUUGCACUGGAACGCAAACUGCGUCGCUUGAACGGCGACAACAUUCGACCGCGCGACCUCGAUCUCUCCGAUGCUGUCGCGCUGGUCCACACGCUCAAGGACCCCGAUCAUCCCCUGAGCUGGCAGUACUGCCAGUCUCUGGACGACAAUGAGCUCGGCAUGGGCGUCGGCAACUUGGGAAUCAAGGUCGUGGCCGACGAGUACGAGCGCGUGCACGGCAAGCAGGGUAUUGUCGAGACCGAGUGGGAUGAGCAGAGGCAGUGCUACAAAUAUGCCAAUCUGCAAGGCGAGUGGGUAUAUGUCGAUGAGCGACAAGUUUCGCCAAGAAAAGACGAUUCCGAAGGCAGCCAUACCGCCUAG